AAGUUGGAACUGCAUAGUAUACCCGGCAAUCUCCGGAUGGCUUGCCUCGCCUAAGUCUAUUCAGCAAAGUCAAUCCUCACCGCGCCGCCCAACGUCAAGAUGCCCAAAGUUUACAAGCCCGGAAAAGUCGCCAUCGUCCUGCAGGGCCGCCAGGCAGGCAAGAAGGUCGUCGUUAUUAAACAACUCGAUGAGGGAACCAAGGAACGGCCAUACCCCCACGCUAUCGUUGCUGGCAUCGAACGCUACCCACGAAAAGUUACGCGGACUAUGGGCGCCAAGAAGCUGCAGCGGAGAAGCCGCGUUAAGCCUUUCAUCAAGGUGAUUAACUACUCGCAUCUGUUCCCCACGCGUUAUGCUCUGGAGUUGGAGAGCUUGAAGGGUUCCGUGGCUGCUGAGACCUUCAAGGAGCCAUCACAACGGGAGGAUGCACGGAAGAACAUCAAAAAGUUGCUUGAGGAGCGUUACCAGACUGGAAAGAACAAGUGGUUCUUCCAGCCCCUUCGCUUCUGAUCGCUUCUUUUCAUAUCUGUGGUGCUUGGGAGACGACAUAGCAAAACUACAUGUACACCACAUGUCCCUACAUGACGCAUGCUUUUUAUGCACCAUUGCAUGAUAUUUCUACCUGCACGCAACACUUACCGGUAUAUCGGUGUGACUAUCGUAACUCGCGGGCUUUCGCAAGUCACGCCAGUCGCUAGCUAUUCACAUGCACACCAUGGUCAUUGUUUGUCCUGAAUGCAACUUGUUUGCCGAGUAGCCUUUGUGCGAUUCAGUUUUGGUCAGACUUUGUGAACAGAAUGUUGUUCGCACAGAGUGCAGCUAUAUGUUACACUAGUUGCCACUUCUUAUGAGGUUCUUUGUUUGUUUUUUCGUGAUUCGAGU